GUAACGUCACGUACGGUAAACGAACUUGUUCAAUAACAACAUAACACAUAGAGCACUGACUCGGUGGGCUCACACUCCCGUGUUAUUACACAGCAUUAUUUGGGGUGGCGCGCCUGUCCACCGUGUGUUUUGCUGCUCAGAGGCUUCUGCUCAGAGAUGGCAAUACUACAACCGUAGCAGACUCGGGCCUGUACGGUUAUGCAUCUUACCGACAGCCGUAACGUAGGAACCGCAUAGAGGCAGAGAGUAGGAACGCAGCGGAACAACGGACGAGAGGAACCAUGGGACACGGAGUGGGCUGAACCAGAGGGUCCAUCAGCACACACCAAUUGUUUCCCACUGUGGUCUAUGACAUGGCCACGGCUUCUUCCAGAGCCGAGUCCAGCCAUAACCACAGAGAAUCAUCACAGCUCCAUGCCAUCAUUUCCUGUGCCAAAAUCAAGAGGAAGAAAAACCGGUUUGUGACCGCUAUUUAUGUGGAGGUGACAGCGGACGGGGAGUCGCGGCGUACGACAAAGUCUCACAGCUCCUCCAGCCCUAAAUGGGAUGAGACGCUCACUCUGAAUGUAACACCACACACACAAGUGGAUUUCAAAGUAUGGAGUCACAACACCCUAAAGGCCGACACUCUGAUGGGCAGAGCCACGCUGGACCUAAUUCAAGCCUUGGAACAGCAUGACAGAAAAUUGGAGAAUGUGAAGGAGGUGCUGAAACUGAUCGUGGAGCAGAAGGGAGCUCUGGUUCCCGCCGGGGAGCUGACUGUUUACCUCGAUGGUCUGACUGUCAGCGGGCAGGAAGAACUGGCACCACUUACCAACGGCAAUGCAGCAAAUGGCACCAAAGUCCACCACAAUGGGGAGGCCCUCCGUGAAAAUGGAGACUCGUCAUCUUCUUCCUUGAGGGCUGCUAACAGCGCAGUGAACGGGUCUGACUUGGGCCCGAGGUCAAGUUCCUGUUCGGUCUCCAAUGGUGUCGACGGACAGGAGCCUUCCAGCUCCUGCAGCCCCUCCCCUCGUCACGUUGUCAAUAGAGACGCCCCACCCAACUCCACCCCAGUCCACCAACCCUCCGACAGUAACACAGACAGUAGGACGGUGAAUGGGGAGUCCUGCAAUGCUGCGCUCGGCCCAUCGUCUGCUACGACAGGUGAUGUGCUGCCCUCUGCUGAUGGCCGCGAGGACUCCAGUCAAGAUGCCGCCCCGCCGGACGCUGACACAGCACCAGAUUGCACACCUCAAACCCUGCCGACCUCCACGCAGGCUGCGGCUUCUUCCUCCUCCUCCUCCUCCCCUUCUGCUGCUAAGCCUGUAGAUGGCGUUGCUGCUGCUGCUUCCUCUCCUGCACAAGGGGCUCAGACAACCACAACCUCCUUAUCGUCGUCGUCCCCCCCAGCAUUAGAAGAAGCGAACCCUUCAGGAGAAGCCGGUGGUAGCAGCAGUGCAACGGCACCUACGGAUGGGGCCAAGCCCACGCAGCAGGUCCCCACUGCUGGCGCCGCAGACCCUCUCCCACCGGGGUGGGAACAGCGCAAAGACCCGCAUGGCAGAACUUAUUAUGUAGACCACAACACCAGAACUACGACCUGGGAAAGACCACAGCCAUUACCCCCAGGUUGGGAGCGUAGAGUGGAUGACCGGGGCAGGAUCUAUUAUGUGGACCACAACACCAGGACAACCACAUGGCAGCGUCCCACUAUGGAAUCAGUCCGCAAUUUUGAACAGUGGCAGAGCCAGCGCAGCCAGCUGCAGGGAGCUAUGCACCAGUUUAACCAGCGAUACCUCUACUCAGCAUCCAUGAUGUCUGCUGAGAAUGACCCUCUCGGUCCGCUACCUCCUGGAUGGGAGAGGCGGGUGGACUCCAAUGACCGAGUGUACUUUGUCAACCACAGCACCAAGACAACGCAGUGGGAGGACCCCCGAACGCAAGGCCUACAAAAUGAAGAUCCUCUUCCUGAAGGUUGGGAGAUCCGGUACACAAGGGAAGGAGUUCGCUACUUUGUGGAUCACAACACUCGAACCACCACUUUCAGCGAUCCUCGCACCGGAAAGUCCUCUGUCACCAAAGGGCCACAGAUUGCCUACGAGCGCAGCUUUCGGUGGAAACUCGCCCAUUUCCGCUAUUUGUGCCAGUCUAACGCUCUCCCUAGCCAUGUGAAGAUCACAGUCUCCAGACAGACGUUGUUUGAAGACUCUUUUCAGCAAAUCAUGGCCCUGAAGCCUUACGACUUGAGGAGGAGACUCUAUGUUAUCUUCAGAGGCGAGGAGGGUCUAGACUAUGGUGGAUUAGCCCGAGAAUGGUUCUUCUUGUUGUCCCAUGAAGUGCUGAACCCUAUGUACUGCCUGUUUGAGUAUGCCGGCAAGAGCAACUACUGUCUGCAGAUCAACCCAGCCUCUGCUAUCAACCCGGACCACCUCUCCUACUUCUGCUUCAUAGGCCGCUUCAUUGCUAUGGCACUUUUCCAUGGCAAGUUUAUCGACACAGGCUUCUCUCUGCCUUUUUACAAACGCAUGCUGAAUAAGAAGCUCAUACUCAAAGACCUGGAGUCCAUCGAUCCAGAGUUCUACAACUCACUUAUAUGGAUAAGGGACAACAACAUUGAAGAGUGCUGUCUGGAGAUGUACUUCUCAGUGGACAUGGAGAUCCUGGGAAAGAUCACCUCUCACGACCUCAAACCGGAUGGCACCAACGUUCUAGUCACUGAGGAGAACAAGGAGGAGUACAUCAGUCUAAUGGCCGAGUGGCGAUUCUCCCGCGGCGUGGAAGGUCAGACCAAAGCUUUCCUGGACGGCUUCAACGAGGUGGUUCCACUUCAGUGGCUCCAGUACUUUGAUGAAAAGGAGCUUGAGGUAAUGCUCUGUGGAAUGCAGGAGGUAGACCUUCAGGACUGGCAAAGGAACACGGUGUACCGCCACUACACAAGGAACAGCAAACAGAUCAUCUGGUUUUGGCAGCUGGUGAAGGAAGUGGACAACGAAGUGCGACUGCGGCUCAUGCAGUUUGUCACCGGAACCUGCAGGCUUCCUCUGGGAGGCUUUGCUGAACUCAUGGGAAGUAACGGGCCUCAGAAGUUCUGCAUUGAGAAGGUGGGGAAGGACACAUGGCUUCCUCGAAGCCACACAUGUUUCAACCGUCUGGAUUUGCCUCCUUACAAGAGUUUCGAUCAGCUGAAAGAGAAGCUGCUCUUUGCCAUCGAGGAAACGGAAGGAUUUGGCCAAGAAUAGACUGAGGAGUCCUCUUGAAUUUCUCUUCCUCUCCCAUCGCUGUUCAUUCAGCCACGUAAAAAAAAAAAAAAAGAAUUGCACAAGAUACCCACCAAUGUAUAUAAGCUAUAUUUUAAACCAAAUCCUUUUGCAGCAUCAGUUUUGCUGCAAUCCUGCUCCCCAGCCCUUAAAUAUUAUGAUACCCCAUCAUGAAAUAUGCAAGCAUCUCAGCGUUUUUGUUUAAAACUGAAAUCAUGGAUAUU